AACCGUGGCAUCGGACGUGUUACCUGCGCAGCCCUAAUCCAGCAGUACUCGGAUCCACUGAUCCUCUACACAGCCUCCCGAGCAGGAUCUCCAAUUGACUUGUCCGGACUAUCCAUACCACCAACCGUGCAAGUCCGACCCGCUCAGCUAUCCCUCACCGAACAGGCCAGUAUCAACGCCCUCAGCACGAGAAUCGGCCACGAGCACCAGGGCUGCGACAUCCUCAUCAACGAAGCCGGGUCUAAUACUUCCAGGAGAACCUCACUUCCGCCCAGCGUCAGUGAAACUCUGGACGUGAACUACCGUGGGACCCUCAAUGUCUGUCAAGCCUUCAUACCAAUAAUGCGCCAAGGCAGCCGCAUCAUCAGCGUCUCCUCCCAAUCCGGCCAGCUCAAAUACUUCCAUCCCCGGUUACGCGCGCGCUUCUUGAAAGAAGACCUCCCCAUGGAAGGGCUGGACGCUUCACUGGACGAGUACAGCCACUCAGCAACCCAAGCCACCGCGACCGCAUCAGGCUGGCCUCCCCUAACCUACUUCACAAGCAAGGCGGCCCUAAACGCCGCGACCCGGAUCUUCGCUCGCGAGAAUCUUCACCUGCUGAUUAAUUGCUGCUGUCCUGGGUGGGUGGGCACGUCGCUGGGUGCGCAGGCUGGUGUCCCGCCUAAGUUUGGUGAGGAAGGGGCAAGGAUCCCUGUGCGACUGGCUAUUGGUAAAAUUGGACGCGUCAAUGGGCGGUACUGGGCGAAUGAUUCGGUGGCGAGUAUGGCUGAUGGGAGGGUUCAGGAUUGGUAG